GUUGUAAGAAAAAGAAGAAGAGGUAGUUGUCACAAAAAAUAAAUAACAAAUCGUACUGCUACAAAAAGUGGAUUAAAAUUGCACAAAACAGUGCUAAAUCAAUUAAUAUAAACUGUUUUAUUAACUUGGAGACAUGGCGCACUAUAAAGGUGCAGCCAGCGAGGCUGGAAGAGCUGCGCAGCUCAUGAAGAAGCGCGAGAUACAACAACAAGAGAUCGAGUUUCGCAAGAAGAAAAUUGAGGAGGAGCUGAAGCUGGACAAGAUUGAGAACAAGUUUGCAACGCACUACGAUGCCGUGGAACAGCAGCUCAAGUCGUCGACCAUUGGUCUGGUCACGUUGGAUGAGAUGAAGGCCAAGCAGGAGGAUAUUGUUCGUGAAAGAGAAAAGAAACUAGCGCAAAAGAAGGACGAAAAGGAUCGGGAGAAGCAACGCGCCUUGGAGGCCAUACAGGCCGAAAAGAACAAGCAAAAACGUCAGAUACAAGCACUGUCUUUUAAUAUGGAUGAUGAUGAAAAUGAAGAUGAUGACGACGACGACGAUAAUGAUAAGGAGAAGGAAACGUUUCAAAAGCCCGCUCCAGCGAAGUGGACAGAAAUUCGAAAUGAAGAGGUGCCCAUCAAAAAGAAGAAGAUAUGCAAAAAUCCCGAUGUAGACACCUCAUUUCUGCCAGAUCGCGAGCGCGAGGAGCAAGAGAAUCGCCUACGCGAGCAACUGCGACAAGAAUGGGUAAUGCAACAGGCCGAACUUAAGGAUGAGGAUAUUUCAAUUACCUUCAGUUACUGGGAUGGCUCCGGCCACAGGCGCAAUGUGCUGAUGAAGAAGGGCAAUUCAAUUUAUCAAUUUCUGCAGAAGUGUCUGGAGCUGUUGCGCAAAGAGUUCAUUGAGCUGAAGACCGUGAUGGCCGAUCAACUGAUGUAUGUGAAGGAAGAUUUGAUAUUGCCGCAUCAUUAUUCCUUUUACGACUUUAUUGUCACGAAGGCACGCGGCAAAUCCGGACCGCUUUUCCAGUUCGAUGUGCACGACGAUGUGCGUAUGAUAAGCGAUGCUUCCGUUGAGAAGGAAGAAUCCCAUGCUGGUAAGGUUUUGUUACGUUCCUGGUACGAACGCAAUAAGCACAUAUUCCCCGCUAGCCGCUGGGAGCCAUAUGAUCCGACUAAAUCUUACGACAAGUACACGAUUAAAGAUAAAGACAAGGAGAAAAGCAAAAAGUAAAAUUGAGCGCAAAAUAAAUACAAAUGUUUA